UUUUCUUUGUUUUUGGUUUUUGGAAACAAAAAACAAUGAAAAAUUUUAACACAAUCGUUGUUUUGUGUGAAAACAUUUUCCCGGUAUUUCUUAAAAAGUGAGUUGUUUUUAGAAUUGUUUUUUCAAUGACAAUUUUCAGAAACAGUAAGCCAAACAAGUUUUAUGUUGCUUUUUCUCGAAAAAUCAAAGCAAAAUAUACCAAGCAAUUGGGAUAAAAUGUUUUUUAAGCAAUAUGAUGCAAUAUGCCUCUUUUUUCUUUUUCUCUUUUCCUUAUUUUAUUAUUUAUAAAUAUAUAUUUGUUGUACUCUAAAAACAGCAUAUCUAGGGUGGCAUUGACCUGGUCAUCUUAUUGUCCUCCCAAAAAUUAUACGUAGCCGCAAAUUUAGCACAAAAACACAACAAUCAAAACUUGUGAAUCACAACCCUUUUUGAUAAACACACAACAAAAAGACAAGCCUCUUUUCCUAUUCAUUUCCAUCCUUCCAAUUCUACUUCCAUCUCCAUAACCAACAAAAAGGGUGGUGUUAACGGGCAGCGGCAGCGGUGGCAGCUGCACUAGCAGCACCUUGAUGGUAGGAACAACAGCAAGAUGGCACCGGCGCGUAAGGUGAUGGUGGUAGCGGACCCUACCCGUGAAUCGGCUGCUGCGUUGCAAUAUGCACUCUCUCAUGUAGUGGUUGAGCACGAUACAAUAAUUCUUCUCCAUGUUGGAAACCCUAAUUCAUGGAAAAAUUCAUUUUUAUUUUUUAAACGUCCGUCACCUUCCACCUCUGCCGCUGCCUCUUCAACCACCGCCUUAGGUAGUGGUGGAGAAAUGGAUUUUCUUGAAGCAAUGAAGCAUGCUUGUGAAAUUUCACAACCAAAGCUCCAUGUGAUUGUGGAGAAGGUGGCAAUGGACGGCAAAGAAAAGGCGGCGGUAGUUCUUCAUUGGAGCAUUGUGUACUCAGUUGAUCUCCUUGUUUUAGGGCAAAGGCGGAGCCUAUCAAAUGUAAUAUUAGGGCAUAGGAGGAAUGGGGCUUUGAGAGGACUAGACACAGCAGAGUAUUUGAUUGAGCACAGCAAGUGCACCUGUGUUGCAGUUCAGAAGAAGGGCCAAAAUGCAGGCUAUCUCCUCAAUACAAAAACCCAGAAAAACUUUUGGCUCUUGGCAUAACAAAGCAUGCAUAUCAAUUCAAUCAGAAAAAGAAGUCUGUUUGCACAGGAAAAAAGUACACCGAAAAUGUACAGACCUCUGACACAUGGGCCCUACCAAUCUGUGAGAGGUCAGUGCACUUUCAGUUUUUUCUCCGGUGACCACUCAAUCAUGUGUUCUAUCAGAGAAUCACCUGCACCUCAUCGGAGUUACCUCUUUUGCCAUCGUCUGCUUACUACAUUCAGAUUUCGGGUUCAUGAUUCAAUUUGUGACAGAAGAACUAGAUCAAUUUGACUUGCUGUUGUCUUUACUACAAACCUUUUUAAACUGAUACUUCUUUAGAGGGAAAAAAAAUGAAAAAAUGCUCUUACAUGUUUGGUACAUGAGGAUUGUAAAUAUUUGGACAAAGGGAAUAAUGUGGGAUGAAUUAUACCAAGCAUAAACUGACCUCUUUAACUCCAUGAACUAAAACAAAA